AUGGGCUCUACCCAGAAAGGCUCCGUGUCUCAGACAGCCAAGAUGACUAAAGCCCCACUUAAAGUUUCUGCUCCUGUGCAGCGAGGGCCUGAGGUCAGCCAUAGUAUGGGUCCCCAUCGAGGUCCUUCUGCCAGCCACAGAGGUGCAGAUUUGUCCCAGACGGUUUCCCCCCAGCGUGGAAUGGAAAGCCGUCAAACUGCUGCCUCCCAAAGAGGGGUAGAUGCCCCUCGAUCUGCUUCCCCCCAGUAUGGGCUUGAUCUCUCCCGAACUUCCUCUCCCCAAGGGAAUGAAUCUGGUUAUAGCAGCCAAGGCCAUCCAAAGAGUGAAGCAAGCCGUCAUGGCUCACCUCAACGCAAAUCUGAACACAGCUCAGUUCCCCAUGGGAACUUGCUUGCCCCUCCAGGGAGAGCACCGAAAUCUGACGCUACUUCCCAUGGUAGCUCCCGCAGGAACCAAAGUCCACCAACACAGGAUCAAACACAGAAAAAUGUGGCUGCCCCAGGGCAAGAGAGCCAUCGGAAUGUACUUCCCUCAGAUGCCAAAAUCACUUCCCGGGCACCAAGUCAGAAGGAAACUACCCACCCGAGCCCUCAAUGGGAAGUGGAAACACCGCCCUCCAAGGUCACAAAUCCCCAAGGGGUCCGAAGCCCUCGAAGGCGUUCAGUUCACCCAAAGGAUGAAUACACCCAGACUGAUAACAAAAAGACUUUGGUCUAUCCUGAGGGCAAACCUGUCUUGAGGAAACCGACCUCCUCAGAUGCAACCCAUAGCGCUCUGGAGACCAAACCAACCCAAAGAAUUGUGUCUGUGCAAGACUCUCAGGCGGCUACCCGAAGCACAAUUCAUGCAGAAACUAAGGGAUCCCACAGAAACUUGGGGUCUUUAGAAGUAGAGUCGGCUGUUAAGGUUUCAUUCCGGAAAGAUCCUGAUCAUUCGCAAAAAGUCAUAGGCCGAUCAGAAGUUGAGGCAGUCCAAAGGCCGACUUCAUCCCCUACCAGGGUCGCGCUGACCCAGGAGGCAGAGUCAGCUAUCAAGACCUCUACUCGUUCAGGGCGUGAGGCACGACGAGUCACCAUCUUAACUGAGUCAGAUUCGUCUUCUCCAAGUCCUUCCCGACAACCUCCAAUUUUGAGUUCUUUCUUCAAGCCACCACCGUCUUGUGAAGUCCCAAUGAAGGUGGUUACUGUUACAGAACCAGAAUUGACGCCUCGUCCUUUACCACCCAGGUCCUUACCAAAGUAUGGCCCUGAGUCUUCAUGGUGGAUCUUAUUCCACCCAGAACCUCCUGAACCUCCAAAGAGCGAAAUGAUCUUAACACAGUCAGAACACAGGGCAUCUCACCUAGACCUUUUCAUGUCCCAGAUAGAGAUAGCCUCAGCUUACUGUGAAGAGUUCAUCAUACAGAGUGAGAAGGCAACUUCUCCUGAACCACAAUCUCCCAGUAAGCCUUCCAGUAGAGUGUCAUCAAGGGAUUUGCUGAAGUCUGCUCUGCAGCCCUUGGAGUCACCUGAGUGCAUGGAGGACGGAACCAUUCAAAGGUUUAGUGCUUUCUUCCUGGAUGUUACUGAUGAGAUGCUUAAUCGGGUCAUCUGGUGGUUGAAAGGUUUGUGUUUUUGCCCCAUUUGUGUAAUUUGGAAGUGGGGGUGGUGA